CCUGUACUGCCUGUUACCCAAUCUGUUGAUGAUAUGGAUGGUGAAAUUAAGGAAUGAGGAGCCUCUUUGAGGCCCCAGGUGUGCAUGUAUGGCGUGGGGGCAGGGGGAGCUGGGGUCAAGGACACGUCCCAUGUUUUUGGAGGAGAGACUGGGGUCUCCCAUGUCACCAGUUCAUAAAAAAACAAGACUGGCUCUUGGCCUUGCCCCUCCAGGCCGACGCCCUCCCCUCCUCACCAGCCAAUGGUGGGGCCUGGCCUUGAGCCCCCCACCCCCAGGGAGGGCAGAUGGCCAGGAAGCCAGGCUUGGCCCGUCAGCCUGUCGCCUUGCGCUGUAGCUCUGGCGCCUGUGCUGUGACCCCUGCCCCUGGCUGAUGAUGAAACCUGGCCUGAGCCGAGAUGCAGUGAUGCCUAGCGGUGCUGGGGGAUGCUGCUGUGGCCCCUGGGGACGGCAGAGCCAGUCCUCCACCUGACAACUGGACAGCCAGACAGACGGCAAAAUGGCACUGAACAUGCAGAUCCGGGCUGCCUGCCUCCUGCUGCUCCUCCUGGCCAGCCUGACCAGUGGCUCCGUUCUCCCGCACCAGACAAGACAGCUUGCAGACCUCCAGACCCAGGACGCAGCUGGAGUUGCAGCUGGCUUAACGCCCGUGGUCCAGAGGCUAAGGAGGCGAGACACCCACUUCCCCAUCUGCGUGUUCUGCUGCGGCUGCUGUCACAAAUCAAAGUGUGGGAUGUGCUGCAAGACAUAGAGCCGCCCUGUCCCCCAACCACUUAUUUAUUCCCGCUGCCUUCCAACAUUCGGUGAAUGGUCUUGGAAUAAAAUGGCUGGUUCACGCUUUUAUUUUCCAAA